CGACAGUUUGACAGCCCACAAUACAGUUUGAUAUCUAAUUUUUAUCAGAGAACGUAUACGUUCUCUGCUUUUAUGACUACCCGCUAGAAUUCCUCAAAAACAUCAUUGUUGCAACUAAAUUGCAAAGUGGCAUGUUGCAACCCUGCGCAUUCAUUGGGGCCGUAGAAAAAUGCCAACAAAAGAGAAUCCAAAAGAAUUCAACUUGUCGUCUGUCAUCGUUGUCGUCGGGUGUAUGUAAACGCGGUUUGCGUCCGUCGCUUUUUCUGCACAAGUAAUUCUACCGUAAUAUUUAACGCACGCUCAUUUCUCAAAAUAAAUUUAUUUAAAUUUGUUAACUGUGCUUUGCAUAAAGUUAGUGGCUGUGUGUUUAUGUUAAUAACCAAAUAAAUAUAUAUAAAGCACAAAGAGUAUUAAAAACGUAUAUAAAGCCGUGAAGUAGUGGAAAGGAGUAAGAAAAGGAGACAAACCUGAGUGCAAAGGCGGAAUGAAAGAUAUUCCUUUGUGCUGCUGCUUGGAAUUCGGUGGUGCUUCUUAAUAAUUUAGUGCCGCGUGACUAAGCACACAAACAGCUGUAGGCUGAAUUAACAUACAAAUAUACGUAUAUAAUCUCAAUUUACUAAUUUUAACGCAAGUACAUAAGCAAAACACCAAAUUUUAUCAACAAUAUUUAAACUAACCCAUAUAUAAAAGAAAACAACGAAGGCUGACAAAAAAAAGGAAAAUACACAAAAUAAAUACAAAAAACUGUUAAUUUAAGCAAAUCUUGAAGAAAAAAAUUAAUUGCGUACUGCAGAUAAAUAACUUUAAUUGAGAGUUUUAUUUUAAGCACAAAUUAAUUAAACAACAACAAACGCUUUUAAUUCAAACGAUUGUAUAAAUACACCACAGGGAUAGCAACAACAACCACAAAAAACAACACAACAAUAUUUCAUAGCGCAAAGAAAUAACGUAACAAAAAAGUUAAUCAAAAUGGAAGCAAUUGCCAAACACGACUUCUCAGCAACUGCCGAUGACGAAUUGAGUUUCCGCAAAAGCCAAAUUUUAAAGAUUUUAAACAUGGAAGAUGAUUCAAAUUGGUAUCGUGCCGAAUUAGACAGUAAAGAGGGUCUCAUACCCAGUAACUAUAUAGAAAUGAAAAAUCAUGACUGGUACUAUGGCCGCAUUACACGUGCCGAUGCUGAGAAAUUGCUCUCAAAUAAACAUGAAGGUGCAUUCUUAAUUCGCAUAAGUGAAUCCAGUCCUGGCGAUUUCUCCUUAUCAGUCAAAUGCCCCGAUGGUGUGCAACAUUUCAAAGUUUUACGCGACGCACAGGGUAAAUUCUUCCUUUGGGUUGUUAAAUUCAACUCACUCAACGAGCUGGUGGAGUACCAUCGAACCGCAAGCGUAUCAAGAUCGCAAGAUGUCAAAUUGAGAGAUAUGAUACAUGAAGAGAUGCUCGUACAAGCAUUGUAUGAUUUUGUGCCACAAGAAUCUGGUGAAUUGGACUUUAGACGCGGCGACGUCAUCACCGUUACAGAUCGAUCUGAUGAGAAUUGGUGGAAUGGUGAGAUUGGCAAUCGGAAAGGCAUCUUCCCAGCAACCUAUGUAACGCCAUACCACUCAUAAUAGAAUAGAAACUCGUAAAAUAAUGAAUAUAUAAUUGAAAAUACAAAUAAAAGAGAGAAAAUUAAAAAGAAAAAACAAUAACAACAACAACAACAAAACACUGCACACAAGAAACAAAAACAAUAAACGAACACACAACAACAAUACUUGAAAAACGAACCACCAACAAUAAUAAUAGCAAAAAACAAAAACACUUUCCAACAACAAAUUUUCACAAACACACACAGAAAUCGGCAGUGUUAUAGCUGCAACAACACCAAUAGCAA